UCGUCUGGUUGAGCUCCAGCAGUGGUGUCCACUGAAAGUCGGAAGUUGGCUCUGAUAGUUAGUGAAAUUUGACAAAAUGGCAGAAGACAACACUUAUGAGUCUAUGCUCUGUGUAAAGCCCGAGGUCCAUGUGUACCGGAUCCCGCCGCGAGCUUCUAACCGUGGAUAUCGUGCUGCUGACUGGAAGCUGGAUGAGCCUGCAUGGAGCGGCAGGUUGAAAAUCACUGCGAAAGGCAAGAUGGCCUACAUCAAGUUAGAGGACAGAAACACAGGAGAGUUGUUUGCUCAAGCUCCAGUCGAACAGUACCCCGGGUGUGUAGUUGAGGCAGUCACAGACUCCAGCAGAUAUUUUGUGAUCCGGAUAGAAGAUGGCAAUGGGCGUCAUGCUUUCAUCGGUCUGGGUUUUGCUGAUCGUGGAGACUCAUUUGACUUCAAUGUAGCUUUACAAGACCAUUUCAAGUGGGUGAAACAAGAAGGUGAAAUCGCAAAACAGGAAGCUUCUCAGAGCGCAGCACCCAAACUGGACCUGAGCUUCAAAGAGGGACAGACUAUCAAGAUCAGCAUUGGGAACAUCAAGAAGAAGGAUGCAGGUGCUGCCAAACCGCGGCCCAUGGGUGGCGGUCUACUCCCUCCUCCACCAGGUGUCAAGGUUGGAGGUGUCAUACCACCUCCUGUGGCACAGCAGACAGUACCAGCUGCAGAAACUAACACUGCCACUCUUUUAGAUUUUGGCUCCCCCGCCCCUGCAGCCCAACCCAGCGCCGACGUGUGGGGAGAUUUCACAUCUGCAGGCUCCAACUCCAGUAAAGAUGCUGUCAAAUCAUCAGGAUGGGUGCAGUUUAGUUGAGUGGUGAGAAAACAUGCACACACUCAGGUUCCACACAUUCCACGGACAGGACGAUUGUGGCGAAAAGAAACUAAAAGAGAGGAACUGUUAGCGAACUUUUUGUUCUGGCUGCACUUGUUCUGUAAAGGAUAUGUUCAUGUAAACUAUAGCCCACUGACCAACACACUCUGGAGGAACAAACAGUAAACAUGUACAUAUUUUCUACAAUCAGAUCCUUUUCUCACACUCCGCCAUGAAGUGGGAUCUUUCUUUGAUUCUUAAACGUCAGGUGACCCUUAAACUGUCACUGUUGGAGUUUCCUGAAGACAAGUGAGCAUGUUGAUGGUUGAAGGCAGAGAUGGUGUAGUUACACUAACCACAUGAGAACGUUUCUCCACUGCCUUAAAUCAAAUGUUCUAGUUUCAUUUCCUUGUCACUGUAAAUCUCUCCAGAAUCAGAUUCGAUAGUGUUCCUCAUCUUUACAUCGCGCUCCUGUAGUACAGUUAUCUCAGUACACCAGCACCACUCAUCUCAAGGUUGUUUUUACCAUUUUGGGAAAGUUAGUUUACCUAUUGAAGUAUCCACAUUUUGUUUAACGUUGUACCAGUAUGUGUGUGGGUUUAGUUUUGUUUCCUAGUUUUUGUUUUAGGAGAUUUUGCAAAGCUUAUAUUGAUAUUUUCUGAUUUAGUUUUACAUUAAACCUCUUAAAUAUUCACGAGAAAUACCCAGAUUUUUUUUUUAAUCAUGGUGUUUGGGAAAGAAUAAGUCAUGAUGGCCAUUUCGUCUGUCAUUCAGAGUUUGAACAUGUUUCGCUCAUUUGUGUGUUUGUGUACGCCCCUCAUAUGUCUUUACCUCGUGUGUCGUUGCUUUUAAAUAUGUGCCUUUUACCAAAUAGAUACUUCCUCAAUCUUGUCGCUAAUUUGCAUCGAGUAUUUGAUUAAGUGCCUUUCUGAAAAAGAUCUAAAAUGUAUAAAAUGUAAACCUAUGUCUUCUUGUAAAUAAACAGUAUAUUUCAGUGA